UUCCAUGCUUGGCCUGCCGCACUAUUAAAAAACGUGGGGCACUUUCAUUCCACACUCUUCUUGCUAAAAGGGCUUCUAGUACUUCAGUCAAGUGAAAGAAUUCCAUCCUGUUUUCUUCAAGGAAAUCAUGUAUAGACUAAAGGGUUGCCGGGAAUUGAGGAAGAGAGCUCCUCAAAUUGCUCUCAAUUGGUUCAGCACGUUCAGUUUUUCUAGAUCAACCCACUCUGUAUCUUUUGACCCCAUAAUAACAGCUGAAGAUAUAUCCGGUUCAAAACCUGCAGCAGUACAGAACUUGGUGCAGGGUAACUGGACCAGACCUUCUAAUUGGACUACCAUAGUAGAUCCAUUGAAUGGAGAGUCCUUCAUCAGUGUCUUUGAAGUGGAUGAAAGAGGGUUACAGCCAUAUAUAGAGAGCUUGCACAAGUGCCCUAAACAUGGUCUGCAUAAUCCAUUUAAGUCACCAGAGAGGUAUCUUAUGUUGGGGGACAUAUCUGCAAAAGCAGCUCACUUGCUCUCUCUGCCCAAGAUAUCUGACUUCUUCACUAAGUUAAUUCAAAGGGUGUCUCCAAAAAGUUAUCAGCAGGCUUACGGUGAGGUUUACGUUACACAGAAGUUUCUGGAAAACUUUUCAGGUGAUCAGGUUCGUUUCCUUGCAAGGUCUUUUGCUGUACCUGGAAAUCAUCUUGGUCAGCAAAGCCAUGGCUUUCGAUGGCCUUAUGGUCCUGUGGCAAUAAUUACUCCAUUCAAUUUCCCAUUAGAGAUCCCCGUCCUUCAGUUGAUGGGUGCACUCUAUAUGGGAAACAAACCAGUUCUCAAAGUUGAUAGCAAGGUCUCCAUUGUUAUGGAAAAAAUGCUGCGACUUCUCCACGAGUGUGGUUUACCUAGGGAGGAUGUUGACUUCAUAAAUUGUGAUGGAAAUACCAUGACCAAGCUACUUCUUGAGGCAAAACCACGCAUGACUCUGUUCACUGGUAGCUCGAGGAUAGCUGAAAAAUUAGCUGUCGACUUAAAAGGUCGUAUCAAAUUGGAGGAUGCUGGGUUUGACUGGAAGAUCCUUGGGCCUGAUGUUCAGGAGGUGGAUUAUGUUGCCUGGGUCUGUGAUCAUGAUGCUUAUGCAUGUAGCGGUCAGAAGUGUUCAGCUCAAUCAAUUCUUUUCAUGCAUGAGAAUUGGGGUAGAAGUCCGCUCCUGGAUACAAUUAAAAAACAUGCUGCAAGAAGGCAGCUAGAUGACCUCACUGUUGGCCCUGUCCUUACAGUUAAUACAGAAGCAUUGUUGCUUCACAAGAACAAAUUGCUUAAGAUACCAGGAUCAAAGUUACUUUUUGGUGGUAAAGCAUUAACAAACCAUUCUAUUCCUGCAAUAUAUGGAGCAAUUGAACCAACUGCAGUGUUUGUUCCUCUUGAGGAAAUACUUAAGGACGACAAUUAUGAAUUGGUGACAAAAGAAAUUUUUGGUCCAUUCCAGAUUGUUACUGAAUACAAAGAUAAUCAGCUCCCAAUGGUAUUGAAUGCCCUUGAAAAAAUGCAUGCACAUUUAACAGCUGCAGUGGUUUCAAAUGAUGUGCUCUUCCUACAAGAAGUGAUUGGAAAGUCUGUGAAUGGAACCACUUAUGUCGGAUUGAGAGCAAGAACCACAGGGGCUCCACAAAAUCAUUGGUUUGGUCCUGCUGGAGAUCCAAGAGGGGCAGGCAUAGGGACACCGGAAGCAAUAAAGCUCGUCUGGUCUUGCCAUAGGGAAAUUAUCUAUGAUGUUGGCCCGAUAGCACGGAAUUGGCAGAUUCCUCGUUCUACUUGAGGAUCACUGUGUCUCAAAUGCCAAAUGUCGAGUAUUAGCAAGUGAUUAUGUGGUGUGGUGACCUUUUAAGACAAAAUGCAAUAGUUAUGGAGAAGAAAAAUUUUCCCUCGAGUCUUGAUCUGUUUAUUUGGCUAUGCUGGUUUGGGAAUAAAUUGCAGAAUUCAUAGAUCACACAAUGUAGUCCAGUUGUGUUUCUAUGGCUUAGAUAUGACAUAUCCUGCUGCAGUUAGUUUUGACAUUUGCUUUGACCAUGUUUUCAUGCAUCAGUACCGAACACUCUUGCUUCAUAGGCAAAAAAGGGAUUUUAGAUUUUCAA